GGGCUGCCCCGGCCGGUGGGCGGCGCCGGGCGGUGAGAGGCAGGGGGCGCAUCCCCCGCCCGCCCGCGCCGGCCCCCUCCACGGGUGUAUAUAGCAGCGGCACGGCGCGGAUUCGGUGCCGUGCAAGAUGGCGGCCGCCGGUACGCAGCCACCGAAACUGCAGCAACUGCUGGAACGGGACCCCUACCUGGCCCCUUUCAAGGCGGACUUCCAGCGCAGGUAUUCUUUGUUUUACAACCGCUUGAAGAACAUUGAGGAGAACGAAGGAGGCCUUGAUAAGUUUACAGAAAGUUACAAAACCUUUGGAGUUCAGCAAUCUGUGGAUGGUGGAAUAUAUUGCAAAGAGUGGGCACCAGGAGCAGAAGCAGUGUUUCUCACAGGUGACUUCAAUGGCUGGGAUCCAUUUUCUCAUCCAUAUAGGAAGAUGGAAUAUGGGAAGUGGGAGUUGUUCAUUCCACCUGGACAAGAUGGUUGUCCUCCUGUGCCCCAUGGAUCAAAACUAAAGGUGGUGAUUCGUGCUCAGAACGGUGAACUCCUCUAUCGUAUUUCACCUUGGGCAAGAUAUGUAGUCCGUGAUGAAGACAAAGUGAACUAUGAUUGGGUACACUGGAAUCCACCACAGUCAUAUAUACAUAAGCAUCCUUCUCCCAAGAGAUUAAAAAGCCUAAAAAUCUAUGAAUCUCAUGUGGGGAUUGCUUCCCCAGAAGGGAAAGUAGCUUCCUAUAAAAACUUCACACACAAUGUGCUACCUAGAAUAAAGGAUCUUGGAUAUAACUGUGUCCAGCUGAUGGCUAUUAUGGAGCAUGCAUACUAUGCUAGUUUUGGUUAUCAGGUCACAAGUUUCUUUGCAGCAUCAAGCCGUUACGGAACUCCAGAUGACCUCAAGGAAAUGAUUGAUGUUGCUCACUCCAUGGGCAUCACUGUGCUGCUGGAUGUUGUGCACAGCCACGCAUCAAAAAACUCUGAAGAUGGUCUCAACAAAUUUGAUGGCACAGAUUAUUGUUUCUUCCAUUCUGGUUAUAAAGGAACUCAUCAGCUGUGGGACAGCAGGCUCUUUGACUAUGCAAACUGGGAAGUUUUGAGAUUCCUUCUGUCUAAUUUGAGGAUGUGGAUCCAAGAGUAUCGCUUUGAUGGAUUCCGAUUUGAUGGUGUGACCUCUAUGCUGUAUCACCAUCAUGGAAUCGGCACAGGAUUCAGUGGAGAUUACAACGAAUACUUUGGCCUACAUGUGGAUGAAGAUGCUUUGUGUUAUCUCAUGCUAGCCAACCACAUGAUUAAAUUUUUACAUCCGGAAUGCAUAACAAUAGCAGAGGAUGUUUCUGGAAUGCCAGCUCUUUGCCGACCCGUGGCGGAGGGAGGAGGUGGGUUUGAUUAUCGACUAGCCAUGGCUAUUCCAGAUAAGUGGAUACAGAUAAUUAAGGAGCUGAAAGACGAAGACUGGAACAUGGGCAAUAUCGUGCACACGUUAACAAACAGACGGUAUGAGGAGAAAUACAUUGCAUAUGCAGAGAGUCAUGACCAGGCACUCGUUGGUGAUAAGACGUUGGCAUUUCGGCUGAUGGAUGCAGAGAUGUACACAAACAUGAGUGUGCUCUCGCCUCUCACUCCAGUUAUCGAUCGGGGAAUACAGCUCCAUAAAAUGAUUCGUCUCAUUACUCAUGCACUCGGAGGAGAGAGCUAUCUGAACUUCAUGGGUAAUGAAUUUGGGCACCCAGAAUGGCUUGACUUCCCCAGAAGAGGGAACAAUGAGAGCUACCACUAUGCCAGAAGACAGUUUAAUCUGACUGAGGAUAAUCUGCUUCGCUAUAGAUUUCUAAAUGCGUUUGAUAGAGAUAUGAAUAAAUUGGAGGAAAGGUUUGGCUGGCUUGCAUCUCCCCCGGCCUAUGUGAGUGAAAAGCAUGAAUCCAAUAAGGUCAUAGCAUUUGAGAGAGCAGGUCUCAUUUUUAUAUUCAACUUCCAUCCGUACCAAAGUUACGUGGACUACAGAGUGGGUAUUGAAACUCCAGGGAAAUAUCCUUUUUAUAAAAUCAUUUUGGAUUCUGAUGCUGCUGAAUAUGGAGGACAUCAAAGGCUGGACCACAAUACAGAGUACUUCUCUGAAGAAUAUCCUCACAAUUAUAGACCCAAUUCACUUUUGGUGUACAUUCCAAGCAGAGUGGCUAUUGUGCUUCACAAUACGGAUAUCCCCAAAUGAACUUCUCUGCCACCGAGGAAACAAGUCGUAGAAGUGCUGAUACACUGUGCUAGUACUAAGCAUAACAAAACUUGCUCUAAGGAAGCUUUCUGAAACUGAAUAUAGAAAUAUUAGGUGUUUAAAAUGUAAGGUUAAUAUUCACAUAUAAUCACAGAGCUCUUGACUUGCUAGAACCUCUUUUGAGGAAACUACAGAAGAAGUAGAAAGGAAAAAUGUUGGGUUUGUAGUUCUGUAGUACAAAAUUACACUUAAAGAUACUGCAAAAGAGCAGGUGUUCUCAAUUAAAAUUGUUGUUUACAGAAUUUUAUCAGGAACAUCAAGAGGGAUCCUGCUCCAAAGUUUGUAACUUCUUACAAUCCUUGUUUUGGUAGUGAAUCCAAAUGUUCAUUGUAUACCAGCGCUUCUCACACAAGCAAGUAGUUCGCUCAAAUGAAACAAGUGUUUGGUUAAAAGGCAGCCUUAACGGUUUGUGGGACCUAAUCUGAGGCUCCUCUUCUUCCCUGAAGUCCAACAUAGGAUUAGAAAUGUUUAUCCAAAUAAAGGGCAAGGUCCUCUGAGGGUGUUACACCUUGCCAUUUUUGUAGUUUCAUUAAAAUUGCACAGAAAUGCUGACAGCCAAACGAGGAGGUCAGCCGGCUGGUGGCCUGCCGACGCUAGGGCGUGUGUUGCUUAUUUGCUCCCCAUCGAAGGUGCACCUCGCUUGCUACAGCUGGGAAAGAACAACACACAGCUGGUUUAUUUCAGUGACUAAAAUGUCCAGCGAGAAGAGUGUUCUGUUCUUAGUGCACUGCUGCCACGCCACAAGAUGUACUUAAAACGUGAUCCUUCC